AUGGCAAACAUCAAUUUCUUUGUGAUCAGCUGUUUGCUCGUCACGUCCACGCUGAAGUGGGGUACGGCUACGCCACUGCCCGUGCAGGCGCAGCUGAGCUCCGAGGAGUGCAAAAAAUGCUCCGCGCUCUUCGUCAGCCUCUUGAGAAAUGUCACGGGGCUCCUCAGCGGUAACUUUUUGUGUUACGGUCUCAAGCCAAAUGACAAAGCAACCGUAAGCAGCUCGGCUGAGACGGUGCAAGUCUGCGCGCCGAAUGUGCAAGAGAAUUUCAGCUGCAUGCCACAAAGAAAUACAUCCUUCAGUGAGAGUGAGUGUGUGUCGAACAUCAUGAAAGACUUGGUCCACUAUGAUGCCCUCAUUCAGUCCUACCUCAAGUUGACACUCAGGAGCCCCGAAGAAGAAACGGCACUUCUGAGCCCAACACUCGAAAUCAUCCACAACUUGAAGAACUGUUUGUUGAGGGUCGCUGGAGGGAUGAACCCUGCAGAGGAGGACACGCCCUAUAUGUGGGGCGACAACAGUUUCACCAACCGACGUGAAAUGUGCAAGAUGAUGAGAGGCUUCCACAUCCGAGCCAUCACCAUCAACCGAGCCAUGGGCUAUCUCUCCUCAGGAGACCACCUGAAAUGAACCUCAUGCCAGAUUACAAAUAAUAAUAAUAAUAACAAUAAUAACUUAUUGUCACCCAUUACAAUUUUUUUUGUCAUGUGGUACAAGUAGGAAUUUGAAAAUGUAAACACUUGCAGAGGUUUCUAGAAAUAAAGUGUCACAUAUUGAUAUUGAUAUUUCCUAAUUGUGAGAUGUGAAAUGCAGAGAUAAAGGACAGGAAGAUGCGGAAGGGGCAGGAAGGAAGGAAAUUAAACCGCACGGUUUGUUCAUUUCACAUUAUCUUGUGCUUCCAUUUUGAUUUUUUUUUUAACAAAACAGCACCAGAUGAGGGAAUAUGUCGUGAAACAGUCAGAGCUGCAGACAUCCUCCUUAAGCUAACCAUCAGUCAGCAAUUAUGCUGGCUAAUUUCUACGAGCAUGUAUUCUAAUAUUUAGAAUAGAAUAGAAGACGGAAAAUAUUUACUCUAUUUAUUACAAUUAUUUAUUUCCUUGUUUGGUUUGGUGUGUAUUUGUUGACAUUUGUAAUAAAGCUUUUUUGUGCAUGCCAAA